CAUGUUCGUGACCUUGCUGACUUGAGUGCGCAUUCUCCUUGGUCUGCUCCUUUCGUCUGCCUGUGCGCCAUCUCGGAACGGACGAGCGACUGCGGACUGCGAUGAGUCCGUAAAAAUAGUCCCCUCAAAAGGUCUACAUUCAGCAAUCGUUCUGUCCACGUAGUCGCACCUAUCCGACCUCAAGAUGUCCUCUCCACCAGAGGAAACUCCCCUACGUGAUGACGCGCCUGAAAUUGCGUCCUUCGACACGCACUUCACGCCUCCGCGUCUUCCCUCUAGGCAGAUCAUCCAGCUCAGCCGUAUGUCCCUCGGGCUCGCUGCUGCCUCCCUCAUCUACAGCGCAAUACACAUCCUCGCGUACGGGAGGGCCCUUACUCUCAAUUUACUCGUGGGGGGCGCAUGCGCCGCCUUCCAAUCCCUCAUCCUCAUCUCCGCGUCGCGGCAGGUCCGCUCCACCCAUGCGCACGCAGUCAUCACCCACCGCUGGUUCGUCUCCCCAUACGCGGCACGCAGCGUCCUUGCGCUAGGUGCACUCGCGCUGCUCUGGUUCGUCGUGUUCGUCUUGGGGAUUGCCAGACGGACCGCUGUGGCGAGCCCGAUCGCGCGGUUUUCGAUGUUUAUUCCGAAUAUUGCGGCGGGGGUGGAGGCGGUCGUGGUGGGCCAUAUGGCUGUCGAGUGCUUCACGCAGAGAAGACAACGGGGCAUGAACUACGCGAGCGAGGGACAGGCGGACGAGGAUAUCGACAACGUGAAGUCGUCCUUCCGAGAUCGGGACACAAGCCAAACUGCAUCUACAUCCUAUCUAUCAUCAUAUCUAAACGCCAUUGCAUGAGCAUGGUCUAGAGUACCCAAGGACUUUGUAGAAAUAACAUUGUGCAUACGCCCUUCAAGAAACUAGGCAGAAGAUUCUCCUUCCUCCACACACCUCGAAUAGUAGCCUCAAGGUGACCCAUAGACAUGCUUUAGUUUCGCGACGCAAAAUGAUGUGUACUACAUCCAGCAUCAUCCUAAUGAACUGAGGUUG